GCACGCACCUUCAUACUGAAGGGGACGGGGACAGGGACAGGGACAUACGAGUCGCGGCAGGUGGGGGAUUCAGGGUAUGACGAAGCGGAAGCGCUCAGAGGAGCGGGGCUGCCGCACUGCCAGGCGGCCGCGGCCGGCGCAGGAGCCGAAGCAGCAUCUUUACCUGCUGCUGGACGACUGGGAGAGGGGAUACAGCAUCCGCAAGGUGGACGUCGAAGCUUUCGACUCCGACACCAACACCCCGCCCAAGCGCUUCACCGAGCCGCCGGUCGCCCGCAUCGAAGCGCCGCACGUGAGGUCCUGGAACUUCAUCUCCCACGCCUCCAAGAUCUUCGCCAUGAAGGCCAAAGAAGCCAGCCCUGCCAUCCCGGCCUUCGACACGCACACGAUGAGCCUGACCAUCAGCCCGUGGCCUUCCUGCCGUGCGGGCUAUGUCACCCCCCUCCUCGCCUCCAUCGGCGGCAAGCUCUCCUUGUUCCUGGAGGACCGCACCGAGUACCUUGCCGACCCGCCACCCUACGACAGCAACGCUCCUUGGUCUUGGUCCACCAUCAACUCCCCGCUGCCUUUCUACAACGUGCAAAUCUUGUGCUAUGCCUUGCAUCCGGAUGGCCGCACCCUCUUCGUGUCCGCCGGCAGCCGGCGCAAGAAUCUGCCAAGCACAUUCUCCUUCGACGCCGAGCGCCUCGAGUGGGCCCACCAUGGUAACUGGCUAUUGCCUUUUGCAGGCCAAGCCUACUUCGACGCCGAGUUGGAAGCGUGGGUCGGCCUCGCCCGCGACAAAGAGAGCUCUGGCUACCUCUGUUCCUGCGAUGUGCCACCGGUCGCUGCCAAGUUAACGAGCCCUCCGUCUUGGAAGCUCGGCCAGGACAAGAUGUUCUCCAAGGAUUCAGAGUUGCAUCGGGGCGCCAAGCUUGUCUACAUGGGUGACAGCAAGUUCUGCCUCAUUGAGUCCCUGUUCCACAAGGAUGACCAGCAUUUGCGCCGUGAUCCUACUGAGAUGGAUCUCUGGGGAGCGACUAGCAUAGAAUCUGAGCAUCUGUUGCAAAAAUAGAAAAACCGAAUCUGGACCGUGGGAAUAGAAAUGAAGGAUGCAGAUCCCGUUGGAGGGUUUCGUACUCAUAGUUACACAAUUCUGUGCUAAAACGUCCCAUUGCUCCUCAUUAAUUUGCCCCAGGUCCUUCUCCUUCAGACGACACCCCCUGCUUCUGGAGACAGAUCCGGUGGCGGUCCAUCUCCCUAUCGCGUCGACGGUGGCGGCCAGUCUAGAUCCGGUGCUGCUGCUCCAUGCCUCCUCCCAGACAUCCCCGAUGUCGCGCUGCACAUCAUCGACCUGGACCCCGCCGGCGCCACCAUGGUCUCGUACUUCCCGGUGGCUGCGGGCAUCCAAACCGCGCAACUGCCCAGGAGGCACCAAUGGCCUUCUUCGUGCCGAACUCCGACGGCUUCGCGACCGAGCUGAAGACCUGCUGCGCGCACUUGUUCGGGAAUACGCAUCCCGACGGCCGCACGCCCUAGGUCUUCUUCCUUGACCCGGACGAAUACACUUUCUGCUCUGGCACGAUGGAUGGUUCAGACCAGGAUAGAGAAACGAUAUUUGCAACCCAUAUCAACUUGCAACAUACCUUUUAAUUGGUGCCUUUUGUGAAUUCAAUUUGUCACUGAGCGACUCCAUUUAAUAUUUUGUACCAGGUACUAGGUUCAUAAACACUGGAUGCAUGUUGCUCUCCUGUAGGUUCGUCCAUUGACUAAAUCGUUUGCUCUUCGAUGUUCCAGGUUUGGUGUCUAGAAAAGAAGAUCCAGGUUUGGAAUUGUAAGAGGUCAUAAUUAACCAAUGUAGGCUGGAGAAGGCAUUGCUUCUUUACAUGAAUGUGCUUCCUUUUUAUGUAGUGGAAAAUAAUUCCGUGCCGCUAGCUCAUCCAUGAUAACCAUCUAUUUCAUAUUUAUCUAAUUAUGCAAGAAACCAACUAUUUAUAUCUUCCAAUACAUCAAGCUAGUAGUCUCAGGAACCUGAAAUCAGCUUAAACCAUAGCAGUAUUUUGUUUUCAUCAAAGAGCUUUGUUGUGGCAAAAAUACUAAGUCGUGAGGAACAUUUGGAUGCAAAGCACCCAUGUUCCUGAGAGAAACCCAUGUUGUACAUUUCUGUUCUCUCGUUUUUACUUUGCGAAGUUAUCUCAAGCAUCUGCUUUUAUUUUGGUGCAGGUAGAUUUUACAAAUGGAUGCCCAGGCUUAAAUAGUUACAAAUGACAUAGCAGCAGAAGGACAGAUGUAUUGGAUAGCUUCUGCUAUUGACUUUCCUGUUCAUUUCAGUACUUUGACUUAUCGAAAGCGGCGAACUGAAGGAAGCUUCGUCUGCGAAAAAACAUACUGCUGGAUUUUCAGUGUAGCUGGUGUUCCUAUUCACGCUUAAAAAGUGCUUCAUAAUAGCCUCAUUUUACAAUUCAAGUUGGGCGUUUCCGAGUUGUGCGGAGCUCCUGUUUUGACCUGUCUCUGUAAUGGGUGUUCUGAGUUAUGAUUUUAGGUUUGUUUGUCUGGUGUGUCAGGUAGAGAUACUGGCUCUCUCAUGGAUGCAAAAUAAAAAUAUAACUUUAUUACCUUUA